UAAGAAGAAGCAGAAGAAGAAGAGCAGCAGGAGAAGGCUAAGUAAGACGAAGAAGAAGAAGAAGCGGAGAAGAAGAAGACUAAGAAGAAGAAGAAGAGCAGCAGGAGAAGGCUAAGUAAGACGAAGAAGAAGAAGAAGCGGAGAAGGAGACGACUAAGAAGAAGAAGAAGGGGAGGAGAGAAGAAGAAGAGGCGGAGGAAGAAGAGGAGGAGGAGGCUGCAGUUAAUCAGCCAGAUCAGGUUGUGCAAAGCCCAAUCGGCUCAGGCAUCCUUCUGCUACGCACAGACUUGCCUGAGGCCAGGCCGUCCCACAGCGAUGUCCCCAGGCUGCCCACCGCAGUCGCCCGCGGUGGCAAAGACCGAGGUACAAAUUGAGGGGGAAUGCCCGCUGCUGGCGGCCACUUUCGCCUACUGGGACAACAUACUGGGCCCACGGGUGCGGCACAUAUGGGCACCUCGAGGAGGUGACCAAGCCCUGUUCCUCAGUGAUGGAGAGAUCACCUUUUUGGCUAAUCACACCCUGAAUGGGGAGAUUCUGCGCAGUGCUGAGUGUGGGGCGGUGGAUGUGAAGUUUUUUGUCCUAGCCGAGAAGGGGGUCAUUAUUGUGUCUCUCAUUUUUGAUGGCGAACUGAAGGGAGACAAGAACACGUGUGCCUUGUCCAUUAUCCUGCCCCAGACUGAGCUGGCCUUCUACCUACCUCUACACACCAUCUGCGUGGAGAGGUUCAAACAUGUCAUCCGUAAAGGGCGCAUUUGGAUGCAGAAGGGCUACAACAUUAUAUCAGUGCUAAGCUCUGAGAUCAUCCCUGUCAUGGAGCUGCUGGCCUCUAUGAAGACACACAGUGUUCCGGAGGAUAUUGAUAUAAGAGACACAGUGCUCAAUGAUGAUGAUAUUGGGGACAGCUGCCAUGAGGAUUUCCUCCACAAGGCUAUCAGCUCUCAUCUCCAGACAUGCGGAUGUUCUAUGGUGGUCGGAAGCAACCCAGACAAAAUAAACAAGAUCGUACGGACGCUGUGCCUCUUCCUCACCCCGGCGGAGAGAAAGUGCUCACGUCUCUGCAAGGCGGACUCCUCCUUCAGAUAUGACACGGGCCUGUUUGUUCAAGGUCUGCUCAAGGACACCACGGGUAGCUUCGUCUUGCCCUUCCGCCAGGUGCUCUACUCACCGUACCCAACAACACACAUCGAUGUAGACAUUAACACCGUCAAGCAGAUGCCGCCGUGCCACGAGCACAUGUACAACCAGCAGCGCUACAUGCGCUCAGAGCUCAGCACGCUGUGGUGGGCGGUCAGCGAAGAGGACAUCGCCCCCGAUACCGUCAUCCAUACCGACGAGACGUUCACGCCGGACCUGAAUGUAUUUCAAGAUGUGACGCACAAAGACACCUUGGUCAAGUCGUUCAUUGAUGAGGUGUUCCUGCUGAAGCCGGGUCUGUCCCUGAGGAGCAGCUACCUGGCCCACUUCCUGCUGCUACUCCACAGGAAAGCACUCGCACUGCUCAAGUACAUCGAGGACGACACGCAAAAAGGGAAGAAGCCAUUUCGCUCUUUGCGCAAUUUGAAGACGGACUUGAAUUUGACGGUGGAAGGAGAUCUGAAUAUUGUGAUGGCCUUUGCUGAAAAGUUGAGGGCAGGAUUGCACUACUUUGUGUUUGGGAAGCCGUUUUACACAAGUGUGCAGGAACGCGAUGUGCUCAUGAGUUUCUGAGUUUUCCUCAUCUGUGCUUCGUAUGUGGCAGGACAACGCAAAUGGUGUCAUCCUUAGUUGUGUUAUACUGUCAUCCUUAGUUGUGUUAUACUGUCAUCCUUAGUUGUGUUAUACUGUCAUCCUUAGUUGUGUUAUACUGUCACCCUUAGUUGUGUUUUACUGUCACCCUUAGUUGUGUUUUACUGUCAUCCUUAGCUGUGUUUUACUGUCAUCCUUAGUUGUCUUGUACUGUCAUCCUCAGUUGUGUUGUACUGUCGCUGAACACAGCAGUCCUCAGUGAUUCUAUAUGUGCUAAUGUUGUGUAAAGACAGCAUCUGUCGGACUACAUGGAAAAUGUAACUUGGUAUCCGGGUAGCGUAGCGGUCUAUUCCGUUGCCUACCAACACGGGGAUCGGUGGUUCGAAUCCCCGUGUUACCUCCGGCUUGGUCGAGCGUCCCUACAGACACAAUUGGCCGUAUCUGCGGGUGGGAAGCUGGACGUGGGUAUGUGUCUAGGUUGCCGCACUAGCGCCUCCUCUGGUCGAUCGGGGCGCCUGCUCAGGGGAGAGGGGUAACUGGGGGGAAUAGCAUGAUCCUCCCACACGCUACGUCCCCCUGGUAAAACUCCUCACUGUCAGGUGAGAAGAAAUGGCCGGUGACUCCACGUGUAUCGGAGGAGGCAUGUGGUAGUCUGCAGCCCUCCUGGAUCAGCAGGGGGGGGGGGGGGUGGAGCAGAGACCGGGACGGUUUGGAAGAGUGGGGUAAUUGGACAGAUACAACUGGGGAGAAAAGGGCCCCCCCCUCAAAAAAACAACUUGGUAUCUUCAUGUAGUUGGUUCGGAGCUGCUCACUAUAUGGCAGGUGUACUUGGUAUGUUAAUGUAGUUGGUUCAGAACUGCUCACUAUAUGGCAGGUUUAAAGCCCUCAUGACUGUGUGUGAAUAUGUGGAUAUGUGUGAAUAUGUGGAAUUUUUUUAAUUUUCCUCCUGUGUUUUACAUAUCAAGUUUUACAUAUCAAUGUUGUCAUGUAUAUGUAUUGAUGAAUUGUAAGCAUAUUGUAGGUAUUUUUAAAAAGAAAGUAAAUAAUUAGAAAAAUUAAGUAUUCAGAUAUUUCAAGCCUUCGGUCAACUGAAGGUGUAUAUUUGUGACCCUGAAAUUAGCUGAUGUGCUCUGCGGGGCAUUUGUAUUUUAUUUUCCACAUCAUGUUGAAUGGUUAAAUCAAGGAUGAAAAAUGCAGCUCCUACUGUAACUGGAUGUUUUUUUUUUCAGAGUAAUUGAAAACCUUACUGCACAGCCAGCGCCUCAUGGCAAAACAAUGAUUGUACCAUCAUUAAAUUCAUUUUUCCAGCAGAAUGUGUGGAAUGAAGUUAUACUGCUUUUCUUUGAACAGCCAUACCUGAUCUAUUUCCCUUUUAGUCAAGCUGUACUGAUUAUUUCAGGAUUUUUUUUUGAAAAUAAAAUACG